CGCUUUCCCUCCGGACGCUCUCACCUGCGCCCGCUGCCGUCGCUGUCCAUGGUGCUGAACCCGUGCUCCAGGAAUGGUGGAGACGCUGAGUAUCGCAGUCAUCGGUGCUCCCGGAGUGGGGAAAACUUCUAUAAUCCGCCAGUUCAUCUAUAACGACUUCUCGGAGGUGUACACGCCGACCAGGACCAGAUACGUGUACAGACCCUCCGUCAUCCUGAACGGAAACAUGUACGAGCUGAAGGUCCUGGACGUCCCGCCGAUCUCCUCUUUCCCGUCCAGCUCCAGUCAGGAGUGGCUGGAUUUGCGCUGCAGAGGUGUCCGCAACGCCAACGCCUACAUCCUGGUGUAUGACAUCUGUUGCGUGGAGAGCUUUGAAUACGUCAAAAUGAUCCGACAGCAGAUCGUGGAGAACAGGGAAGGCAGCAGCAGCGAGGUGCCGAUCCUGGUGGUGGGGAACAAGCGAGAUCUGCAGCGGCAGCGCUUCAUGCCUCGCAGGGCCGUGUCCGUCCUCGUCAAGAAGACCUGGAAGUGCGGCUACGUGGAGUGCUCCGCCAAGUUCAACUGGCACGUCGUGCUGCUCUUCAAGGAGCUGCUGGGCAUCGCCGUGGCUCGAGGCAUGCGCCAGAACCACACCUCCAUCCGUCUGCAAGGGGCACUUCAGAGGAACCGCUGCACCAUCAUGUGACCCUGAGAGCUCCCUCCACCCCUCGCGGCGAUGGCAGUGGAGAAGAAGACUUUUUUUCUUUUCUUUUUUUUUUAUCUAAAUGGCUGGAAAAAUACCCUGUGGCCUCCUGCUUUACUGAGCUGAUUUUUCAUAAUGAGGUUUAUUAGACUCUUGCGCUGUAAAAGACACUGAAAUUUCACACAUGGUCAUCCAGUCACUUCCCAAUCAGAUUCUGCCAUCGGUGUACAAAUCAGGAAGGAGGUAGAGGAGAAAGCAGGUGAAAAAAAGCAACACAAUUAACAGAGCACAGUUAUUUUUUUUUUUCUUCUUCUUCUUCUUCUUGCAUCGAUUAGACAUUAAGACAUUUCAGGCUGUGCUUCCAAAAAUAACACAGCAGCAGGUCUGUAGCUGGACUUGACAGGAAGGUAGCUGUGUGUGUGAGACUCAUAACGGAGAGGCAGCAAUAUCAUGGAGUCUUCCUUUGAAAUUUGUCACGUUCACUGAGGCCACGAGCCGAGUGAAGACAUGUGAGCAGUGGAGUAGGAGAAAGCAAAACAUUCCUUUGUGGGGAGAUUUUUCUCAAAAUGUACAUAGAAUGAUUAGAUGGUGGUUAAUUUUAGAUUGUGAGAAGUAGCCUGCGUUUUAUUUUUUCCUCCUUUCCCUGUCCCUACUUACAAGUUUGGCCGGUGGUGAAAGCUGUUUGUUCAGGCAAAGGGUGUUUUAAGGUUGUGUUGCAGCAGAAAAUACUGCAGUCCCCUUAUCAUGAUGUACUGUAGGACUUUAAUCUGCUCCCUCCCUCACUCAGUGUCUGUUUCUGAUGAAUACAUUAAGUCCAGGGUACCGGGGACCUGCAGGAGGCUGCAGAGCCAGCCUGAGACGAGAACCUGCACAUGCAUUCUCUCUCUUCCUUUUCCUUUCUCUCGCUCUCCCUCUCUCUCUCUGUGUGUCAGAGAGCGAGGGAGACAGCACGGGAGGGAGACGAAUAGGCAGGUUUGAUCGCUGACAUUCAGGAAAGCAAAGGACAGACACAGCGAGAUAAGAGAUGGAUGUUUAAUCUUUGGAUUAGAAAGGAGCAAUAAAAUCCCACCACUGGGUUUCCUGACUAACUAUAUGUACCACAGACGCAGUGCCACGCUGAAUAAGCCUCACACGCAGUAGACGCAGGCUGAUGCCCUCACACUUGGAUACCCUGCAGAGAAUAAGGAAGCUGAGCUCAAUGACUUGCACAAAAUGACCCAUGACUACAUAACAGACACAGAUGGAUCAUUACUAAAGCUUUCACACCGGUAUGUGGAUAGGAUCUAAUCGGUUAUGUUGUGGGAUUGACAGUUUCUUUUCAAUUCAUCAAGACUAGGUAGGUACUUUGUGAAAAUGGCUGCACUGAAAGCAAGCAGACCAGUUGUAUAUAAGAGUGAUUCAUUGAGUUAUUGACUUGCAUGCUUUUGUUGGUAGAGCCAACAGGUCAGGGUUAAAUUGCACUGAUGUGAAAAUGUGAUGUUGUGUUUUGUUUUGUUUUGUUUUUUUCUUUCCUGGUUUUUCUGACACUGUAUGAGCAGUUGAGUGAAUGAAUGUGGUCGUUUUUCACUGGCAUGUGAGAGCACAAGCUCACGAUUCUCCCCCAAGAUGUGUCGUUGAACCCCUUCAAUCAGGGCUGAUGGCUGUGUUACCUUUUUUUUUUGUUCAUUUUUCUAGUUUAAAAAAAAAGAGAUAUAUGUAGCAGAGAUUCACUAGAAAGCAACUGCGUGUAGCAUGAGUUCUCAUCGGUUUGUUUGUGUGCGCAUUUCCAAAUAAAAAGGGCUACCAUUUUUUUUAUCAGAAA